AUGGCAGAGGCUCUUGCAAUAUUGGGUGUUGUGGGCGUUAUAUACCCUAUUGCACAGGACCUCUUUAGGCUUGCCAAGAACAUGAAAAGGGCCUACGAAGAAGUUGGCCAUGCGAAACAAGAUCUCUACAAAGUGAUAAAGAGAACGAAAUCAGUGGCCCGAACAUAUGACCUUUUUAAGGACACAAUGACGAAAGUGAAGAAAAUCGAAGAGCUUGCUCCAAUGUUCAAACGGCAUCGAAAGCUCAUACGGGAAGUUGAGACAGAAUCAAAACGAAUUAUCGGUAGACUGAAGCACAUAACGAACAUUUUCCGCUUUAUGAUAAAUGUCGAGCCUGUCAGUUCGGUCGAAAAGUGGGUUGCACAGUUUGAAUGGUUUAGAGAGAGCAAGAAGAUUGUACCUUGUCUUUUCCAGGAUAUGAAAGUUUUGGAAAAAUCUAUGAGAACAAUUGGAAUCCUGGUGAAUACUCAAAUACUAUCCCGAGUCUAUCUAAGGGAUAGAUCUCAUACGAUUCUGGCACCACUGGAAUCUUUGAAAGAGAUGCUCCGUAUAGAUGUCCGCAAGCUCCAACAAGCUCAACUUGUGCAGGAGAAGCUCCAUGUGCAGCACGGUGUCUCCCCAGGUGAUAACUUGGAGCCGAAAUCUUUUGCCCAAGAGAUUUUAAAGAUUCUGGAGAAAGAAAAUCCUCGACUACGCAUGGACAAGCCCCUCCAUAGCCCGUCCACAUCUGAUUCACGAGCCCCAUCAUCCUCGCCAGUUUCAAAAGAGGCUUCGCUCAUUAUACCCCCUUCAAUCUCUCCUCCUCGCAGCGGUGGAGAUCCAGCGUUCGUCAUCGAGCCGCAGGGUGAGAAUAUAUCAUUGCCAAGACCGAAAGUUCCGCGGAAAAGAAAAACUCAGUCAGCACCUGCGAGAAUUCCUCCGUCCAUGUUACCAACGCCUUCGUUCCUUUCAAGUGUAGCAGAAUUUAAAAGCCCCAACCAAGGAAUACAUGAGCAAGACGCAGAUCAAGAAAAGCAAGGUGCAUAUAUGCAAAUGCCACCGUUUGGGCCACCAAAACUGGUUACCCGCCCUCGCGCCGGACGAAGUUCUUCUGAUGGUCCCAAUCCGUCCGGUGACGUACAUGACCAGCAGGGAGACGGCUCCCGGCGUCAUAAUGGGUCUUCUUCAGCUUUGAAAAUACGAAACAGCAGCAACAUAUCUGUAUAUGGCAAUGAGGGAGAGGUGACUCCUUCUCAUAAAACAGGAUUUGCUGGACUGCCGCCGGGGAAUAGAAAGGGGAAGGGCAGAUCGGACCAGUAA